AGCAUGAUCUCAUAUACACCUAAUGAAUAUUACACCUAAUAAAUUCUAAAUAUUAAUAUUUUUUCCCAGCACACAUAGAACAUUUACCAUAGCAGAAAUAUAUGCUGAGCCAUAAAAGAAGUCUUAAAAAAUAUGGGAGGAUUGAAAUCACUGAGUAUAUUCUCUGAUCACAAUGGAAUUGAAUUUGGAGUCAGUCACAAGACAUCUAGAAAAUACCCAUCUAUUUAAAAAUUAAGCAGCACAAUUUUAAACAAUUCAUGGGUUAAAAACGGAUUCAAAAGAGAAAUUAGAGGUGUCCCGUUUACUCUCCCUCGCCAUGUCUUCUCACAAGACUUUCAGAAUCAAGAGGUUUCUGGCCAAGAAACAGAAGCAAAAUUGUCCCAUUCCCCAUUGGAUUAGUAUGAAGACUGGCAAUAAAAUCAGGUACAAUUCCAAGAGGAGACAUUGGAGAAGAACCAAGCUAGGUCUAUAAAGAUUGCACAUGAUAUAAUGGCAUGCAUAUUUAUGCUGUAUCAAGGUCACUAUCAUCUUACCAUAUCAAGCUGGAAAUGACACCAAUA